AUCCCGUGGAACAAAAAGUCAAUAAAAUAAAUAAAACAUAUUAAUGGAAAGAGGACAUGUAUCUCAUUUUUAAUGGGAAAAAGAAAAAAGAAAAAAUAUAGGGUUCAAAACAACUAGUAAACAUGAUCUACUUGGUUUGAAUCUCAUUAUGGAUGUUUAUUUUUGGUACUCAAAUAUAGUUUUUGGACUAACCGACAAAUUAUUAUCGAAUUUGACUGUCGUCGAUUGAACUUGACCAAUUUUAAACACCAAUCGGUUUGAUGAUACUAGUCGUACCGGUUUGUCGUAUCAAGAUAACUAAAGUAAAAACUCUGUGUUACAAUAUCAUUAUGAUCAAGUGUCUACAGAGUGGGAACAACAAUAAUAGUAAUCUCAUUGAUUCAAACUCUCUCGUUUAGCGAGAGCUGAGAGGCGGCGGAAACCCUAGGGUUUUUCCGAGUUUUUAUAGGUUACGGGGUGAGCCUCGGGGAUUUCUUCCUCGUGGAUCAAGGAAAUUCGAGGCUUAGAAGGAUUGGGAUUACUUUUGACGGUGAUAGAGACCUAUUUAACACUUUGCAAUCACAAAGAAUACAAACAGAAGCAGUAACGUGCUAAAGAAAUCUUGAGUUUUCUCCUGGAAAACCCUAGCUCAAGGCAUCAAAGAGCGUUUUGGCACGGGGUGUUCUCAGGAAGGAUAGAUCUUGAUACUGGAGAGAUCGAGUACAACCUUAUAGAGCUUUACAGAAUGGAAGCAAGAGAGGAGGCUACGAAGGACACAGCGACGAGCAAAGAGAGGACAGAACCAUUGGAGCUGGAGGCGCAGCUCAAUAACAUCACACUAGAGGAGGAUGAUGAAGAACCCUUAGAGGUCGAGGACUCGGAUGUCGAUGUUCUCCGAAUGGAAGCGGUACGCCGACUGGGGCUGAUUGGGCACCUGGUCUCUGAAAAGGAACCAAACAUCAAGUCAAUGAAGAUUUCCCUAGCAAAAGCAUGGAAACUACGUAAGGGGUUUCAGAUUACAGAGCUAGGAGAUAUGCUUUUUGCGUUUCAAUUUCUAGAGAUGGAUGACAGAAACAAGGUCUGCUUUGGAGGGCCUUGGCACUAUGAAAACUCUCUCAUAGUGUUCAAGAUCAGCUCAACAAUCCAAAAACCUAAACCUGAGGAUCUACAUAUGAUAGAUCUAUGGAUCAGGAUACUAGGGUUCCCUGCCGAGCUGAGAACACAACAAAUGGCAGAGAAAAUUGCUAAGAGAUUUGGAGGUCUUGACUGGUUUGAUAAUGGUUCUAGUACUAUGUGGGAUGACUACAUGCGACUUAGGGUGAACAUCUCAAUCAACAAUCCACUGAAAAAGAAAUUGAAGCUUAACAUUGCAGGCAAGCUAGUGGAAUUCCAAGUGAAAUAUGAGAAACUGCCUAUGUUCUGCUACUCCUGUGGUAGGAUUGGGUACCCGAAACUUAAGUGCAAGACUCAACCUAAGCCUGAGGUUGACCCCUAUGGCUAUGAUCUAAGGGUGGCAGCUCCAGGGCCUAGGAAUUGGCUUUCCUACACUGCUAAGAAGGAAGAUGCAGAGGUUUGGGCAGCAUUGAAACAAAAAUUCGAAAUGGAAAGUAUUGGCUCCAACUCUGAUCACGACAUGGCAUUGGAACAGGAAGAAAAUAGAGUACAGGAGGAAGUUCAACCACUGGCACAACAAAGGGAGGAAAGUAAGCACCCAAACAAUCAGAUCCCACCAAAAGAACAAUUGACACAGAGGCAGGACAAGCAAAACAUACUUGCUAAUACAGUGCAAAAUCAAGAGAAAAAAGAGAGGCAGCAGGCGGGGGCACUGCAGAAGUUUGUGAUGGGAAGCGUAGAGGGGAAGGUACCUGGUAGGAACAAUGGCAGGGUAUGGCGGAGACAAGAAGUUGGACCAAGGCACCCUGGGGCUGGAGUACACCUUACUCCACAAAAACGCCAUGUCGCUGCACUGCAAGCAGAGAUACCUGAAGAACAAGCAAAGGAGGAAGGAAGUAAGAAGGCUAGAAAACUACAAUUCUCAGGACAGGAGCAAGUGAUAACCCAACAAAACAACAUAAAUGUGGAUGGCGGAGUGGCGGAGUCUGCACAAGAGCAGACCCGCCCAGCCCAAUGAGUUAUCUAAGCUACAAUUGCCGGGGUUUGGGGAGUCCCCUGGCAAUUAAGAAGCUGGAUCGGCUGAUCCAUAAAGAAAACCCCAAGGUGGUCUUUGUUAUGGAGACCAAAAAGCAGGGAAAGGAAUGGGAGGAAGUGGUCCAAAGAUUUAAAGGAUAUAAGGGUUUUGGUGUGGGCUCUCAGAGGAGGGCAGGUGGCUUGUUAGUUCUAUGGCAGGAGGAAGCAAAAUUAGAAGUGAAGGGAUAUGAUGAGAAUUAUAUAGACAUGAAGAUUGAGGAGGAAGGAAACACAUGGCGACUUACAGGAGUUUAUGGAUGGCCAGAGAGGGGAAAAAAGCAUAAGACGUGGGAACUCCUCAGAUACUUGAAAUCCCUCACAAAUCUCCCUUGGAUGUGUUGUGGGGAUUUCAAUCUAAUUCAACAUUAUGCAAAAAAAAAGGAAAAGCAGCCUGCAAACUGAUAUGAGAUGGAGGGUUUCAAUAAAGCUUUAGCAGACUG